UGUAAAUACAGAAGGACACGAAGGACAUGGUGAGGGAAGCUCUAAAGUCAGCCAUGCAGACAAUCACAAGAAUCCCAUGUCAUCUCUGAUUCAGAAAACAUCUGAGAGCUGAACCUUAAAGAGGCCAAGACUUCCACGAUGGGAGAUGUGCUCACAUUUGAAGGGGAUCUUUAUGAUCUCUUUCCAAACUAUAGUUUUACUGAUGACUAUAGUAUCGACUUCAACAGUGAAGCAGAACCCUGCAGACCUGAGAGUGCAUCACCUGUGGUCAGAUACAUUGUUGCCUUCAUCUAUUGCCUGGUGUGCUUAAUGAGUUUGGUGGGAAACUCGUUAGUAGUUCUGGUUGUCUCUUACAACAAACGUAACCGUUCGGUCACUGACGUAUACCUUCUGAACCUGGCCAUUGCUGAUCUCCUCUUUGCCCUCGCCUUGCCCAUCUGGGCCAUUUACCGAGCCCAUGAAUGGAUUUUUGGCUUGGUCAUGUGUAAACUCACCUCAGUCCUGAAGGAAGUCAACUUUUACAGCGGCAUCCUCCUCUUGGCCUUCAUCAGCAUUGACCGCUACCUGGCAAUAGUUUAUGCUACUCGAGCAGCCACUGAGAAGAGGCGCUGGGUCAAGUUUGCCUGCAUUGGCAUCUGGUUGUUCUCCUUCCUUUUCUCUCUUCCAGUGAUUGCUUCCCGUAAUGUUUUCCAGCCACCCAAUACCUCCCAAAGGGUUUGUUAUGAAAAUAUUGGGUGGAAUAAAACAGAUAAAUGGCGGGUGGUGUUGAGAAUCCUACCACAAACGUUUGGCUUCAUUGUUCCCUUGUUCAUCAUGCUCUUCUGCUAUGGUGUGACAGUGCACAGGCUCUUCCAAACCAAGAACAGUCAAAAGAAGAAAGCCAUGAAAGUCAUCCUAGCUGUUGUGCUGAUCUUCUUGUUCUGCUGGCUGCCCUACAACAUCUCCCUCCUGGUUGAUACCUUGCUGAGGACUCACUUUAUUGCUGACACCUGUAGCCGCCGUAAUGCCAUUGAUGCAGCUCUUGUAGGCACUGAGAUCCUGGGAUUUUCUCACAGUUGCAUGAACCCCAUCAUAUACGCCUUU